CAUGUGUAGAGAAAAUGGAUAACUGCGCUGUUGCUGUCGGGCUCCUGAUCAUCUUGCAAGGAAUUCUGGCGAAGCUACACGUGUCUCAGGACAGGGAGGUUCGCGCAGACGAUGGAGACGACGCGAUUUUGCGGUGCUACUUUACCUGCCAGCACGAUGUGACUCUCGGCUCAUUCAAGUGGUACAAGGACAGAGUCGGGGGCCGAGAAGUCUCCGAGAAAAGCUUCCAUAAUCGACUCGACAGAACAGGCACGCAGACAUUUCUGAAUAAGAAGGACGCUUCAAUCACCAUACGCCGUGUUUCUUUCCAAGACGCUGGGGUCUACUUCUGUGAAGUCGAUUUAGCAGGAGUGGGAAAAGCCAACGGCAGUGGAACGGAGCUGAAAAUUAAUGAAGGUUCAGAACAAUUGCAAGUUCAUCAGAAUCCUGAAGUCACUUUUAAUUUGGGAGAAAAUGUUCACUUGCCCUGCCGUUUCACUGCAAGAAAUGUUGUGCAGAUUGGCUCUUACAAAUGGUAUAAAGAUCACGUUGGAGGGACAGAAGUAUCUAAUGGAAUCCACGGCAAAGCAAUUCUGAAAACUAAUAUCGAAACAUUCAUUAAAGAUAAGAACGCUUCAAUAACCAUCCUUCAGCCUUCACACAACGACUCAGGCUACUAUUACUGUGAGGUGGACCUGUUAGGUAUCGGAACAGCCAAUGGAAGUGGGACUCUGCUGAGAGUAAAGGAAGGUCAUGCACAAGAAGAUGAACCCCUAACCUGCGAUUACUCAAAUGAUAACUGGCUUGAAGUGGCCAUCAGAGCAGUCCUGUUUGCUUCUCUUGCAAUUGCUUCUGUCCCUGUCACUCGUAUUGCUUUGCUCCAACCUUAACAAUGCAGUGUGAUCCAAAACACAGUCGACACACUUGGGGAAAUCAGCCAUCUCUUGGCAAUCUCUUGAAAGAUUCUAUUUUAGUUAAAUAAGAAGCUUUGACAUAUAUAGUUAGCAGGAAGUAAGAUAGUCAUCUAAUAAUGAAUGCAUACAUUCUGAGUAACUUUUUGUAUUAUUUCUGCAUUUGUUUCUGUAUGGUGCAUGUGUGUACUUUAUUGCAUACAAACAUACAUUUUGUAACCUGCUUAUUCCAAUUU